AUUGAUAAUUUUGCAUCCGACCCGACCGAUACUCGGUCGUCACCACAUCAGUCGGUUCGUGGCGUUCGUGGUUUGCACGGAAUCGCGGGUGUUUUUUUUUCUUCUCCCGUUUGGCGUUAAUAUCUCACCCUCUCGUCCUCUCGGAAGGAAUCAUUUAAAUGGGGGGUUGCUUGCGGGAAAUUAUUUAAUUAGUGUUGCCUAACAGUGAAACGGGAAAUUGACAAAACUCAGUGUGAACGUGGAAGCUUCAGUGUACCUGUGUGUCUUGUUGGCCAAUUAGUUGAAUCGAAAUCACGAUCUGGAUCGAUACGCUUCUGUGGGUGUGUAUGUGUGUGCAGGUGUGUAUGUGUGUAACGUGAUGACACCGCAAACACCUUUCCGAGUGUCUUAAGCAGCCACGGUGCUGAAUUUGCCAGUAGGGUUUUGUUAUGAGUGGUUUUGCUCCCACAUGUGCAUACAUGUGCCACGAAUGCACCAGUGAGCCCCGCGCGUGUGUGUGUUGAAUUCAAUCUGUGUGUGACCUCUUCCAAAUCCUGGCUCAAUCCUGCCCCCACCAAGUACCGCGUAAUCCUUCGUGUUGUCCGAUGGUGGUAGCCACCUGUGAGCCACCGCGCGCCACCAAUCCAAUUCAUUGUGGUUUAUUUAUGGACUUGUUGGCGGUCCACAUACACACACACACUCGUACAGACGGUACCGGCGGCAAGUGUGAUCCAAUCCAAGCCGCUGACGGGCGGUUAAUUGAAAUCUAGCGUCAAUAUUUCACUCUUGACUUACCCAUCGGCCAUGGAACCGUCCACCUUCGACGACCAGAUAUUCGGUGACUUUACGAGCGACACGCUCGGUACGCUGGCGGGCGCUACCAAACCGAUCCAUGCCGGGCCCUCCUCCAGUACGGUCGUUGCGGCGUCCGGUCACGGUAAUCUCCAGGUGAUGAUGGGCAUCGGUCACUCGCCAACGCACGACGGCGGCGGUAACGGUGGGACCGGCGGUACCCAUCAACGACUGCCCGAGGUGAACAGCAUCCUCUCGGUGUCGGGUUCGCCGAGCUACAAAACCAUCGACUACACCAACCUCAGCAAGGUGGAGUAUCACCACCUGGCGAACGGCAAGCUGGACGGCUCGUCCUACUCACCCCCAAACGGGACACACCAGCAGCAGCAGCAGCAGCAGACCCAGGCCCUCGGUUCGCAUCCGGUGCCGGGAGGCAACAAGUCGCUCGAAUACGUCAACUGUAAGCUGGAAUAUUACACCGCGCUGCCCAUCGCCCACGAUAAUCUGAAUAAAAUAGAGUUCGUUAAAACCCUAGAUUACAACGGUAAUGGCCGGUUGGACUAUUCCACCUCGUCCUCGUCAUCGCCGAACGGACCAAAGUCCAUCGAUUACGGUGCGCCCGUCGGUGGAAACGGUGCCAAGCUCGACUACGAGACAACGAUCGCCAUGUUUCAGCAUCCGGGACCACCGCAAGGAGUCCCGUCCGGCCCGGGGAUGGUGGACGGCUCGAUGCUUGCCAGCGGCCAGCAACCGAACGGUACCGGUGUCGGUGUGCAGGGUAUGCAGGCCGGCGGCGGUGGUGGUGUCGGUCCGGGCAAGGGCCGGAAAAGCGAUGACAUGAAUGGUGCAUCCGGAUCGUCCACACCGACCACGACGACGCCGAUGGACGGUGCCGGGAAUGGGAAGAAAAAUGAUAAAAAGAAAUCGGACCCGAACGGAAUUAAGAAGAAAAAAACUAGGACGACCUUCACGGCGUAUCAGCUGGAGGAGCUAGAGCAUGCCUUCGAACGAGCGCCCUAUCCGGAUGUGUUCGCCCGUGAGGAGCUGGCCCUGAAGCUGAACCUGAGCGAGUCCCGCGUGCAAGUGUGGUUUCAGAACCGGCGUGCGAAAUGGCGCAAGCGAGAACCGCCCCGGAAGUCGGCGUACCUCGGCAACAACAGCCCGUCCGCCCCGAUGAACGGUCCGAUCGGGUCGUCGUUCAGUCAGUUCCCGCAAACCGCAACCGUAACGCCACCGGGCAGUGUCGACAGCUGGUCCACCUAUCAGGCACCGUACGAGCUCGGGCCGCACAUCAAUCUGCUGUCGCCGGCCGUUAGCCCGUACGGGUCGUUCAGCACCCAAUACGGUACUUACAUGCCCGAGAGUCACAUGUUCCCGCCGGUCCGGCAGCACUACGACUACGGCAGCCCAUCGAGACCGGGCGAGCCGGGCGAGGCUGAGCCGGGCCAUCAGCAUCAGCACCACGGCCAUCACCAUCACCAUCAUGCGCAUCACAACCAUCACAGCAAGCCGGACCACUACGCACCGACGAUGGACGAAAAGUUCGAGACGCACUGUACGGCCGGACUGCCCGACGGUCUCACGAAUGGCAAGUACGUCGACGACACGAAGUACAUCCACGGUGUCGACGUGCAUCACUAUCCGGACGCGGAUCCCAAGUACGGCAGCUGCCACCAGCUGGACGAUCCGUCCAUGAAAGCACACUACGGCCCACCCCAACCAUCGCAGCAAGCCCAACCGCCACCGUCUGCACAGCAGCAGCAGCAGCAGCAACAGUCCCAGCCAGGUCAGUGUCAACCGGUCGGCGUGGACGAUCCCGACUCGCUCGGUAUGGUAAAGGCCGAGGAGAAUGUCACCCACAGCUACGUACUUCCAUCUUUUUUGCCCUGAUUGAGAGCAUCAGAAAGGGUUCGCAAUCGUCGUCACAGGCUGCCACCGCACAGCAUCCGGCGAGGUUUCGCCGAUCCCGGUACGAACCGUUUCGCCAUCAUUUCGGAUAGUUCCGGCUAGAGACGGUAUCGGACAUUCCAUCCUUCUAUUCCCAUCGUUUUUCCUGCCCUCAAUCCUCGAAAUGAGAGUGGUGAUCGUCGUGAUUACUCCAUCAUCGAGAACCGUUUUGGUUCUCUGACCGUCACUGAUGAAACUAUCGACAAUCGAGCUUAAAGAUGUUGCUCUGCGCUUUUUUGUUUUUGUUCUCCCGCUGAACGCUGAAACGUCCGUCAGACCGUAACCACAGCGACUAAUUCAUUAUUCAGCGCUUUUCCGCUGACUGUGCCGAGAUUCGAGAGUUGCUACCGAAAUCGCUCCCACCUGCUUGGCAAGCAUUCGAAGGACAUUACAAACACACGGUAGAAAAAAAACCAUCCCGAAAGGACUUUAAAAACUCCCACCCAGAUUUCCGAUAAACCUCCUUCGAAUCAAGUGAGCGAGAGCGCAAAGUUGAAUGUUUAAACAAUUCCAAGUGCUACACAAACUUUUCCCAUUUCACCCGGGCUCUACUCUAAAGCCCGGGUUGGUUGACUUUGUAUUCAAAUGUGUUUACAUUCCGUUACCGAAAAAAGAAGGUGUGGGGAGGGCUUUCUUUAACUGAAAAACCCGUUGGAAAAAUGUGAGAAGUAACUUUUUACCGCAUAAGUACAGGGAAAAAAAGGGCACACACGUACAGUGCAGGCUCUAAGAUUGACAGAAAGGACAGCAAGAAAGUGCAACCACCAACCAACAACAAUGUUUUUACAUUCAACACUGUUUAGCACUUGAAGGUCUUGAAAGGCAUCGCGAAAGGUCACCAUAAAGAAUCAACUCUAGUGGUACCAGCGGGAGAAAAAAAACUGUUGCAUUGCCGGGACCGUCACUAGUUGACUCCAAACCUUCGGAAGCCCACCUUUCUCGACGGUUAAAUCAAAUCAAAACGUUAAAACCGAUUCUCACCCAACUCUCAAGCGUUUAAGGCACCUUAAAGGGCCAGUUGGCAAGUUUCGGCAAACAACGCACUUCCAUCGGCAAUCCUCCAAAAUAGGGUGGAAAUAAAACUCCUUUUUUAUGCGCACCACGCACCAACAAGUGUCCGGGAGGUCCACCAGGCCUCAUUCUAAAGUGAAAGCCUCCCCGAAAUGUGUGUGUAUUUGUGUGUUUUUUAUUCUCUCCCACUGCUUUGUUUUUCGUUCGGAUUCGCUCCACCGGGCUAAUAAAUAAACCAAACGAGAAGCAACCACCGGACGCGUAGGCAACCCUCGCAGUGUUGGUUGUUGGUUGGUCGCGCGUACGGUGCACGCCGUUCUGAUUUAUCGACACCACCCGGUACGCGGCUGUGGUUCUGACUUUUUCCCAACAAACUUCUGACCAAGGGGCCUUCUGCUCUCGAAAGCCCUUUGCAGGUCCUAAAAACACUCGCACGGCGCCCGAUUUGAUCGAACGGCCAGGAUCGAUAAUUUCGGUAACGGCCCAUGACCACAUAAAACGACCACAUCGUCGACCCGGCAUCGUACAACCCGGAUACUACCGCAUUGAUAAGGGUGAUGAGCUAUCCUAUGGGGGAGAGAAAAAAAAGCAAAAGCUAAAGGAAAUCCCCCUUCUUGAAAAAAAAAAACACCGGAGCAAAAUAAAAAUAGAAACAAAUUAAAUUCGGUUAAAAAGUGCGAACUGUUAAGAGCGCCCAAGUUUGGUCCAAUUUUUUCUUUGUGAUUGGGUAAAGAAGGCCCGUGAAUAAAUCGAACCAAUCGGCAAAAUUCGUGCGGAUCGGCGUCCGUGGUGGGCUUUCCGAAUGGAGCAGAUCCACUUGAGAAAAAAGCAAAAAAAAACGGGAGAUUUUUGGAGCUAAAAUUUACCGUUUGGCUCGGGUUGUCUACGGUUGUCUCGUAGCUGACGUGCUCCAGAACGUGUUGGGGAUAGUGUUGGGAGAUUCGGGAUUGGGAAGAUUGGAUGAUUCAAUCCUUAGAAAGAUUCGAAUCAUAUUGGAUACUAAAUGACGGAUGCGAACUAGAUUCGAAUUCGAUAAGGAUCCGAAUGCGGUUCGGAUUCGACGAGGAUGUGAAUCCGAUUCGAAUCCGAUUAAAUUCCGAUUGGGAUUGAAUUGGGAUUCAAUGGGAUUCGAUUUUGAAUUGAUUGAGAUUCGAUUGGAUUUCGAUUGAAAAACUUUCAUAACGGGAGAGAUUUGGAUUCUAAGACUUGAAUCCCUAUUAGGAUCGAGAUUCAAAGAUUCGAUUCCCCGCUAGGAUUCAUUUUUCCCACCACUAGUUGGAAAGGUGGGCAGGAGGAUGGUUUCUCCUCCGCCUCACUACACCUCCACGCCUCGUGUUUCGAGCUUUCAUUUGCCACCCCGCACUGCCCGAUUGUUUGGUUGCGUUCGAGCGAUUCACGUCCGUGCAUUCAAUCUUGCCCCAAAUCAAUCAAGCAUUCGAAACAGUACCAACCACCGGGGUUUUUUUCCGGGUGAGUUUUUCACCUGCGUUGUGUUUUCGGGGUGGUUCGACCGAUUCUUUUUUCUUUUCGCUGGUUGUUUCCUUUUGAAUUCUGGCCUCCCACCCUGAAACCCCGAAGGUUUGUUUCGCUCAUCUGAUUUUGGACAUUCUAUUCAUUGGUUUGGGAUCAUCCCGAACGUGUCCGUGUCCGUGCCAUUGAAGCGCAUUUUACCGUAACAUCGUGCGUACACCAGUGGGGAUGGGUGGGGGGUAGGAGGUCAGAGUUUUCCUUUUAUCCGACGUUGAGGGCCAACCACUCCACACACUAAAUCCUUAUCUCGGCACCAGCGUUCUACCCUUUUGCACCCGGUCAGCCCGAAAAAAAACCUCCAAGCGAAUUGCUUCUUUUGGGGCUGAAUUUUCGCACCGAUGAAAAACCGGAGGAGGAGGAUUUCCUUUCGGGGAAAACGGGGCCCGAGGACCAAUCCCCUUGAAUCUCAUCGAUCGUAUGUUUAUUUUAAAACAUCAAAACCGAAACUCCAUAUCGCUAGCUGAAGCUGGAGCUUUUAUUUUUGCUCUGGGAAGGUCAGAAGAUUCGCACUGGAAAAAAAUUCCCAACUCAACCAUGCCCCAUUACAAAGAAAAGCAAGAGCAUUUGCUGGAGUUUUAUUUUCCCAUCCAUCAAUGAUGAAUGAUGCACUCACGGAAAGUAAAUUAAACUUUUUGCGCAUACAAUUAACACACACACACACACACACAUACGGUCGCUUGAAGGCGCUUGUAAAGGUGGCGGAUUUCCAUUAGCGCGCACCGUGUCUUCCGGGAAAUGACAGUAGCCCGGACGAUGCUCGAAUUGCGGCCGGAGUUAAUUAAGGAUGCUCCGGGUUCACCGUACCAGAGGUACCGGCACCAGCCUGCCCGUUAAUUUACAUUUCACUUGACCAACGUCUUGUGGAAACACAACACACCAAACAAGAGGGUGAAAAAAGCAGUCCGAGAUCACUUUAGGGAAUUGUACAACCCAGCACCACAUUGUAAAUUUAAUUCCGGACAAGAUGGACGUUGCCAUUUUUUUGUUUUGUUUGGAGUGCCUCUGUGUGUGUGUGCUGAUGAUGAUAAAUAUUGUUCAUGUCGAAUCUUAAGUAAACAAUUUUUAAGUAAAGUUUUCCCCAGGAAAUGGACUUGGACAAUCGGGGCAAACAAAAAACAUCGGUACGGAGCUCGGUCCCGAGGUGAGCUUCAAGGUACUCAAAAGCAACAGUUACGUAGCUAAUGGACGAGUGGGACUUGUAGCGAAAGCUUUUUCAUUCACGAUCCCGAACGUUCGUUUACCUUCGAGGCCCAGCCAAGCUUCCGGUCGAACCUUUGGUUUCCAUGGGGGAGUGGGUUCUAAUUUUUGGUCUGCCGGGUUUUUUGCCCCCCUUCCCGUAACACAAUAACCAACCAUCGAAAGUUUAACCACUCCAAAGUGGAGGGCGGAGGGGAGAGGUCUUUCGGAAGCGAGCGAGUAUCGACGUUCGGUUCUCGUUCCGGCGAGCAAAUAGCCAAAAACGGUAAAUAAAACAACAUCAAAGGCGCACUCGACUGUUUUGCCACACUCUACUAACCUGUCCCGGUGGGCGAAAUACUAUUCCCACUAGCUUCCCAUCCUUCAAACCAUCCCACCCAACAGAAGAAAAAAAAAGGUUGCGAACCCUUAUUGUUUGCUCUCAGUAUCAUUAAAACACAUAAAAUGCACGAUGAAGCGGAGAUGUAGCAGACACUAUUACAAACAGAGAACCAACAGACAGAGAAAAGCAACAACGAAAACAUCCGAGAAGAAACAAAGUGUAUGUGUCUGUAUCGACCGUGUAAUAUAAGCCAUAUUUAUUUGCUAUCGGAUGCAGCCUCCGUAUGUAUGUUAUAGGAUGAGGAUAUUUAUUGAUCCACCAGACAGGACAGGGAACUUGUGCCACGAUCUCUCGUGCCAAAAAAAAAAAGAAAAACCCCCCAUUGCAAGGCCUCUCCAGGGAAAGAUGAGCGUUGUGAGAACCUUAUAUUCGUAGAAGCAGGCUGAAUCGAUAGCAUUAGAGGAGCGGUACGUUUCUGCUUGGGAAUCGCGCGACCGAUCAUCGCGCUUACUGAUGUACAAAGCCGAAGCAGAUUCUGGAUUCCAAGUGCCAUUGUAGCAGUAGAGUAAGGGGGGAGCGUGUGUCAGCAUCCUUAAUCCGUAAGUUCCUAUUAAGUUGCCUUAGCUACAGUACCGGUUUACCGGGUAGGGUUACGGUAGUUUGAAGUUUGACUAUUGAUUACUAUUAAGCAACAAACAUCACAACGCUCUUCCACGCGGUACGGAACAUGGUCUCUGGUGGUGCUAUGCGGUAAGAAGGUUCGGAUGGCCGUCACCAAAUCCAAAUGGCAAUCGAGUGUGUGCCUUCCGGCAGAGUACACGGAAAAGGGUUGAGCUGUUGCGGUGUUGAUAGUGUCGUGACAUAGUUGACGAAACAAUUCGGUCGUAAAAAGGCGUCCAAAGCGAUAAAAGUUUGCGAGAUGAUGUUUCGGCUCGGGCUAGUGUCAGGAUGCUCGUUAUCGGCUCCGGCUCAGUUCGUUAAUCUUUACAUACCCAUUUGUGGCGGUUAAUCGGUAUAGUUUGAUUGAAAAGUUUGUUUUCUUUUUGCUUCCCCAGCAUGAGUCAGUAAUUUGAUUCUAAGCAUUUUCAUUACGGCAGCUCGAGUGCGAAGCGUUUGCAGAACAAAUGGAGCUAUUAUCACAAACAAAGAUACACACACACCGAAGUGCCUGUUGUAAGAAUGUAAAUUGAAGUUUUGCCUGUCCAUAAAAGCAGUGCGUUAGGUUCUGGUUCGCCCCAGGAACAUCUCACUUUCCGCUCGACACACGGAGCGGCUCGGCAUGGGCACAACAGUGCACGGCUCACUGAUGCAGCCAUCCUCCCAUGCGAGGCUAAUCAUUUGCAUUCGGUCCAUGAAAUGAAAUGCUCCAUUUCCAGUUGGGAAUGUCUGUCUGUUUCCAUUCCUUUUUUCUUUGCCAGCGUUACCAUCAAACGUUACGGGUUAUUUUUGCCGUACUGUUCUGUUGAACUAUUUGCGUAUCUAGCUCCAUACGUCGAGGCCGAUUCUCCCGUUCCUUGGUAGUGUUCCACAACUACCACAGCCAUUCUCAUCCGGCCAGAAACCAGUGAAAUGUUAGUUAAAUCUAGUUUUGUAUGUAAAUAAAUGCCACAACACGUGUCGCUGCUUUUGCAAACAACUCCCCCCUCGCUCAAAGCUUACACACGGACGCUUUUCGGCGUAAGCACCACGAGCAACAACCAGGCAUUCACACGGAACAGAAGAUGGGAAGAGUUUGCGGAACAGAUUUCACAUGCUCGACAUGCCAACCGACAUCCCAUUUCACCACCAAUUAUCGUUUUCCGAACCGAAUCGUUAUCGUCGUAUAAUUUCCGUGCAGACAAAAAAAACUGCUGUAACGCUGUAAUGGUGUUAUGAAUAUGUUUUAAGCUGUUUUAAAGUAUUGAGCAAAAGUGUCAAAAGUGUCAUCGAUUUUCAGGUGUCUUAGGAAGGGAAAGAAAGACGCCCGAGGUACGAGGUGAUUGUAUAUAGUAGAGGAGUAUAGCCCGUGUACAAUACAUUGCUAUAUUAUUGUUCAAAACUACCCCUACGUGCCGAUAGAGAGUAAGCUGUGCGAGGAGCGUGAAUUGUAUGAAGUUUAGAUCAAGAUUUGUACGCUGUUUUAGGUAAAGUAUUUUAAGUGGGAAAAGAGAAUAAAAUUUUUGCAACAAUUGAUUCGUAA